AUGCCCAUUCCGACGCGUUCAUCAUCCCUGCGCGAACCUCGUAAACAGACUAUAGCUCGCCCGACACAAAACAAAUCGAUAUCGACGGAUAAAAUAUCCGAGCCUCUGCCGCGAUCGAUCGUCGAGUCUGGAGAACAGGGAGCGGGCCCGACUACGACCGAAGCGACAAACAGUACGGGUUACAGCCUCGAGAAGGGCACCGAUAAGGAUGGUUAUGGUGGCAGGAGGAAGAGCUUUCUCCCUCAAAGGAGCUCAUCGAUCCUCAGGGUCGAUGUCCCGGCGGCCAGGAAAGUGCAGCAUGGGGGGGGAAGUGCCCUGCCGGGUACAGGAUCGGUGGAGAGCCGUCGACAAAGCCUCCUACCCAGUGCAAUCUCGACUUCAAAACUAGGGACGGCUCCCAAACUGAGAACCUCGCCGGUGAAAGGCUCUGCGCGGCUGCCGUCUCCAACUAGAACGACCAGAGCCUUGUCGCCGACCAGGAGGACCGAGAUGCCGCCUCCCCCUCUCCCUGCUGCGACGCUCGGCUCGCGAACGACGCGGUCAUCUUCCCUUCGACAACCUGUGGUUUCGGCCUCGACCAAGUCCUCUUCCGCCGCUGCUACCCUUCCGGGCCACGCGCGACACCGGAGUCACCAGAUCGUCCUCCCACCCUCGAAGAAACAUGCAGACCCGACAGUCCCUACCACGCCGGUCACCCAGCGGCCCAAGGCUUUCACGACGUACCAGCAGAGCUUCUCGCCGCGGAAACCGACGGCGACGAAGCCUCCAACGCCGACACCGUCUGUCAGCGCUUCUUCGGAGCCCGACGCAAGCCUGCUGCUCCCCGCGGCGUGGCCGGAGAUUGCCGCCCUGCAGACCGACCUGUUGCAGUUGAGCCUGUUCCAUGCGUCUGCCCUGCAGACGCAGACAGAGUGGCGCGUCACAUCCGAAGCCAGCCUGCGGAAAAAGUACGACUCGGUCGCGGGCGUCUAUCGGUCUGUGUUGGGGGCGGAGAAGAGUGCCCAGCGGAGCCUCAACCAGCAGGCACUGAGCGCGUGGCUCAGCAGCAGCAGUGGAAGCAGUAACAGCAGUGUUGUGGAACAAAUCCAACUGCUCUCCUAUGUUGUACAGGAGGUAUCCGAUCUGACGGACCGGAGAGGGGGCAGAUACACGCUGGCGGUAGCUGCAUUUGAGCAAUGGUUCCGACACCACGAGGAACUGAUCCAAGCCCGCGAAAAGAGCUCAACUGGCGAUGCGUCUAUAGCUCCUCUCUUUAUCGAGUCGAUGGGGCCUACAUGGCAAACGGAACUCGAGACCCUCGCAUCCCGUCUGGACCUGUGCUCCCGACAGAUGCAGGGUCUUGAUGUUCUGACCCAGUCGUCAGGGUGGGGGAACUCCGCCCUGGUCCGAACGGUCACGGCGAUGAACGAGACGAUCCAUUUGAUGAUUGACGAGAUCCACGCGAUACGAAGUAUCGAGGCGAAGGUGGUCGGGCGGGAGAGGGCAUGGGUGAGCCAACUGGCUGGGCGACUGGCUGCCGUGCCGGGGGAGAGAAGAACCCGCCUGGGGGUGUGGAAGAGGUGA